AUGCUUCGGGACCUAGACUCUGUUGCCUCCAAUCUGAGUUACUGGGCAAAUGUUGAAACCUUGUAUCUACGGACCGAUAUAAGUGAUGCCUCGAAUAAGUUCACCGAUCUAGAGGCCGACUUGAUCAAGCUGUAUGCUGCGGUUCUCGAGUUAGAAGUCGAAUUGGUGGAUACCGUCUCAGAUGGAUUUGCAGCCCGAGUCGUCAUGAACCACAUCAGAACAGUUUCGUGGAAAGACCAAAUCAGGGAUAUCAGUACUUAUCAUACCAAUGCAAAAAAUACCUUCGAUCGCUGCAAGAUAGCAGUCGACCAGCACGGGAAAGUCAAGAAGUGGAUAUCGGACUACCGACCAGAGACCGCGCACAAUGACGCUCUUGAGAGGACCGGAGUCGACCAAAAGUACCGAACGUGCGGACAAUGGCUGUUGAACACUCCACAAUUCAAAGACUGGUCUUCGGCAGAACCAACAUCUGAUAGCCGAUUUCUUUGGCUCCGUGGUACAACCGGCACCGGAAAAUCGACUCUACUAACUCGAAUCACCCAAUGGCAUCUGGACAGAGCUUCUCUGUACCCCGGUCACCGAUUGGCCUACUUCUAUUGCUCCAGAGGAGCAGAUCGAAAUUCCAAACACUCAUAUCAGUCAGUGCUUCGGGCGCUCCUUCGACAGGCAGCAUAUGACCCUGUCAAUGGUAGGAUAUCUACGCAGCUACUACAUACUUACAAAAACGCUGGAGGAGAUUCAGAAGAUUUGCAACCGCUCUCCUUCGCAGCGUGCAAUGAAUUGCUGCAUGAAAUAGUUCGAUCGGGAGUCAAGCUCAGAAUAAUCAUUGAUGCCCUGGAUGAGUGUGAUGCGCCGAAGACGCUAUUAAAGGCCCUGAAAGAUGCUUCUGAAGUCAUCCCGGGCGGACUUGAGGUACUCGUGUCCAGUCGACACGAGGUUCACGUUGAUGAGAAAAUCCCGAACGUGGUGAUCAUCAACCUCACUAAAUCAUCAUCGGAAACUGACAUGAUCACGUAUAUUCAAACCGAAGUUAACGAAAGAGACGACGACGAGAGGUUGCUGAAAGGAAAACACCCAGAUCUCGAGACUCGGCUCAUCGAAAUUCUCGGUAGGAGAGCAGGCGGAAUGUUUAUCUGGGUCCAGUUGCAACUCUCUUUCUUUUUGAAUCGGAAAACCCCAUUUGUCCGCCGGGACACCGUUGAGAAAUAUCUAGAUCAACUCAACACUAGCUCUGUUGCAGACGAAAAAGACUUGAGCAUUGCUUACAAUGAUAUCUUCGAGCGCAAUACCUCCGAGAACGACCUGGAGCGUAUCCAUGCAAGCAAGAUCUACAAGAUUGUCCUCUGCAGCAUCUGCCCCCUUUCUAUUACUACCAUUGUAGUGGCCGUUGCUUUCAGGGAGAAUGGAGUCGUCACAGACAAAACAGUUGAUGCACAAUACAUUAGGGAGCUGACUCGGGAUUUCCUCGUUGAAACAAGAGAUGAAACACUAGAGUUUGCUCAUGUGUCAGUGAAAGACUACUUGCAAGGAGAGCAUCGGUCGGAAUACAGCAAUACAAAGUGCCACGCCCAGCUCGCCCUGACGUGUUUGCAGUAUACGUAUUCCUGUGAAUGGGCUAUAUAUAAAGCAUCAAUGGCCCAUGACGCGUUCCUUUGGUAUGCUUCCAGGUACUGGGGAGAACAUUGUAUUCAACUGAGUAAAGAAGACCGUCAAACUCUCGGGAUCUCCGACCAGUUGAUCAACUGGCUCUUGAAGGGAUCAGGCUCCACAACUUUCCAGAAUUGGCUUCGUGGGGAUCCCAGAUUCAACGAGAUCCUUCGCAUAGACAAGACAUACCCUCUGUAUCUUGCAUCAUUCUGUUGUUCGGAUUCUGGCAGUCCAGUAUUCGCAGCAGCUAUCUGGAAUCUUGUCGAAAUAUUGCAGGAAUUACUCUCGGUAGGGAGAGCAUCUGACAUGAUUCUCACUUCGGAGGAACUCGAUCUCACGCCGCUGUCGUUGGCAUCAUGGAGAGGCAAUGAAGCUGCUGUUGAGUUGUUGCUCACAAUAGAAGAGGUUGAUGUUAACUCAAGAGAUAGUUUUGGUCAGACACCCCUAUCCUAUGCGGCGGCAAAUGGAAAUCAAGCUGUUGUCAAGCUCCUUCUUGCAACAGAAGGAGUUGAUGUGAAUUCAAUAGAUGAUAACAGCCAUACACCGCUAUCCUAUGCGGCGGCAAAUGGGCAUCAAGCUGUUGUCAGGCUCCUCCUUGCAACAGAAGGAGUCGAUGUGAAUUUGACGGAUGAUAAUGGCCAAUCACCGCUGCUAUUAGCCGCUAAGAAAAGACACACUGCUGUUGUUGAGCUGUUGCUGGAAACAGAUGAUAUUGAUGUGAACCUACAAGAUACCCGCGAUAGGACGGCGUUGCUAUUAGCCACCCAUGAAGGAUGCAGCGCUGUUGUCAAGCUAUUGCUCGCAGCGGAGAAGAUUGAUGUUAAUUUGAAAGAAGCGACUUUGAAUUUCACACCGCUGUCUUUAGCAGCGUGGAGAGGCGACGAAGCUAUUGUUGGGUUGUUGCUUGCAUCGGGGAAGGCUGAUGUUAACUCGGUGGAUAAUUGUGAUCGGACACCACUCUCAUUUGCCGCUGAGUAUGGCUGUGACACUGUUGUCGAGUUGCUUCUUGAAACAGAGGGGAUUGGUGUUGAUUUAGCGUGCAAGGCUGGUCACACACCACAGUUUUAUGCUAUGAUGAAGGGACACGAAGCAAUCGUUCAACGGUUACUUGCGACAGGAAAGGUUGAUAAUGCUUUGAAAAAUCAUGUGAGGCCGCCAUAA